AUGAUGUGCCCGUUAGAUGGAAGUGUGGGUAGGGGGAUGGGGGCACCUGUCUUGGGGACCAGGUCUGUCCUCACCCCUCCUCCAAGGGUGCUGUUGUCCUGCUCAGUCUGGAAACUCACCUCCUACGUUUUUGUGAAGGAAGGGUUUGGGCUGCCUCCCCUCCCCACAUAUACCCCAGGGAGGAGGUCCCAGCUAGACUCUUCAGCCAAAUGCCCGAGCUUAGUCCCCGGCCUGUCACUGGGCAUGGCUAGCCCCCCUCCUUCUUCUACUGGCCAUGCUGGGGGUGGGCGGCUGGAGUGCCAGGCUGGACUGGGGUAG